UCUGCCUCGCACAUGCGCGGACUGAUCCUGUAGUCUACCAAUUGUCUCGUAAAAGGCAACAAAGCAGUGUAGUCUUUAAUUAUGCUUUUAUUUCUUCAGUUUCACGUUUGUACACAUUCUUAUAAGCUGUGACAAACUAAACUUCAGUCAUUCUUGGUGUCAGGAUGAACUCGACUCAAAGAACUUUGACGCUUCUGAGGCUAACUUAGCCUGCGAGUUAGCUUAGCUUGCUAGCUGCUAAUAAAAAAAACACGGAAGUUAUCAACAUUUAUAACUAAGCAGACACAAGUGCGAGUGUAAAGUGUUGUGGUUGUGUGUAAAUUUGUAAAAUACAAUUGCUGAGAGUGUUGGUGAAUUGGCGACAAAGUGCGGCUGUGGAAAAAGUAUUUGUAGUGUUAUAAAGAAAGAUAGCAGAGUACGACGAGGAACCUUCUCGAACAGGAGUGGAGAACAAGCGACAACGUCAACUACUGGACGCUGUUUUCAAGAAACAUCAAGUUGUGUUACACAGGACAGACGUCUGUGAAGAACAUCUUCUUCCCGAGCAGCAAGAGUGGACUUCCAGGAUGGAGCAGGAGCAACCACAGCCCCCCCAUAUUGGAAAGGAAAAGGAGGCGCCACAUCCUUCCAACAUUAAAGAGGAAGAGGAGGAACACAACAUCAGUCAGAAUGUACAUCAUCUUGAAGGACGAGAGGAGGUUGAUGUCCUCAAGAUUCCGUUGAAUUUUGUCAUUGUGAAGAACGAAGAUGAUCUGGUCAAAAGUGAAAGUGAGGAGAAGAGAGAGGCGGAGCCUCCAAGCAGCAGCUCAACUCAACACAUGACAACAGAAGCUGAUGGAGACCACUGUGGAGGAUCACAAGCAGACAAGCUCUUAGCUCCACUAUCAGAUAGUGAUGACAUGACGUCACACUCUCCUGACACUGAUGAUGAAGACUCUGAAGCUGAUACAACAUGUCAAACUGACAACACACACUUUGAAUGUUCUCACUGUGGCAAAACCUUUAACCACCAUUGUGAUCUGAAAACACACAUGAGAACACACACUGGUGAGAAACCUUUUGCCUGUCCAUUCUGUGGUAAAGGUUUUACACAAAAAAGUGAUAUGAAAACACACAUUGGAGUACACACUGGCGAAAACCCGUUUUGUUGUCCAAGCUGUGGCAAAUGUUAUACACAAAAUUGGGAGUUGAAAAGACACAUGACAAUACACACUGAAAAAAAACCUAUUCUCUGUUCAAUCUGUGGUAAAGGCUUUAAACGAAAUAUGAAUUUUAAAAUACACAUGAGAGUACACACAGGCGAAAAACCUUUUUCUUGUUCGAGCUGUUGCAAAUGUUUUAUACAAAAAUGGGAGUUGAGAAGACACAUGAGAACACACACUAAUGAAAAACCCUUUUCGUGUUCAAGCUGUGGUAAAGGUUUUACAAAAAAUUGGGAGUUGAAAAGGCACAUGGUAACACACACUGAUGAAAAACCCUUUGUCUGUUCAAUCUGUGCUAAAAGUUUUUUGCGAGAUCAGAACUUAAAAAGACACAUGAGGGAACACACCGGUGAAAAGCCUUUUUCCUGUUCAAUCUGCGCUAGAGGGUUUGUACGAAAAGAUUCGUUAAAAACACACAUGAGAAAACACACUGGCCAGAAAGUGUGAUGAAAGAUUCUCUUAAAAGUACACACCAGUGAGAACUUGAAGAUGCAGGAUUUUCAAAUAAACUGUCAACUUUAACAUAGACCUAAGAACAUCAGUACAUGUGUGACAUCAUUGUGUGUGUAACACAAUCUUGUUAAUGUUCUACCGUUUAAAGAUCACAUUUGUUCAGAUUCGUGGUGUAAGUAUGUGCAUUAGUGCACAACAUAGUGUACAUGUGUUUAAAAUCAGAAUCAGAAAUACUUUAUUAAUCCCCGAUGAACACAUUCUGUGGGUCCUCAGCUUAUUUUUAACCCUUAUAUUUACUUUAUAGGUUUCAAAAUUAAACGAAACAAACCAAUUUUUUUUUUUACAUAUGAUAUACACUUAUAUUCUUUUUGGGUACACAUAAAUAUUUUAGUUCAUAUUUGGUUUCCAUCCGAAACAUCUUCUGGACGACUUGUGGAAGCUUUUUAUUAUUUACUUUAUAUAUAAUUUGAGCAGUCGUGUAUUUUACAAGAUUAUUUAUUUUUUAACAUGUUCUCGCCCCAUGUUUGAGCUUUUUCCCCACCUUUACAAGGCACCACCUUUGCAGCGACCCAUCAGUGUUUCUAUUCUCUCUACUCUGUAUGAUGCAUGUCUGAUUUUGUACUGAAAAUGUAAUUUCAGUGUAAGUUUUAAGCGCAACGACAAUUACCAUUCCAUGUGUGACUUUACAAAGCUUGAUAAUUCAGAGUUAUCCUUAUUACUCUUUUUUAUAAUAUGAGUAUUGGGUUUGUGAUGGUAUAAUUGCCAGACUUUUUUGCAAUAAGCUUCAACUAAAGUUAGGUGCAAUGCAUGUGGUAAAUAUUUGUUGAGUAUGAUGUUUCAUAUUCAUACAAUUCGAAGCUAAGCUAUCUUGAUGGAGGAAAGAUUAAAGCACAUGUACCAACAGCA